AUGCAGGAUUCUGACGAGGACUCUCAGAGGUACUACUCCUGGCACAGUUUUGGUCCUGGUGACAAACGUACACAGGAACUGUGGGUGAAUCUUGAUUCAGUGCAUCAAGGACCUGUAAGAGUGCACACUAUCCUGUCUAACACACACCGACAGGCAUCGCGGGUGGCACUAACCUUUAACUUCCCUUUCUAUGGACACCAAGUGAGACAAAUCACCAUAGCAACUGGAGGUGACAUAUUUGUGGUACAGUGGGACAAAGUGAGGCUGAAGGAUCGAGAGACUGAAGGAGCUUUCACCUUCCAGACUGUUCUCUAUGGUAACGGGACCAUUGUCUUCAGCUACAAAGAUGUUCCUUUGCCUGUGGAGAAAAUCAACUCCACUGAGCAUCCAGUAAAAGUGGGACUGUCUGAUGCCUUCAUGGCCCUUCUGUCUUCUUUACAGUCUCCAGAUGCUAAACGACGGACUAUUUAUGAAUAUCAUCGGGUAGAGAUUGACACAACAAAGAUUGUCAAUAACUCUGCAUUUGAGUUCAGUCCUUUACCAACCUGCCUCCAGCACACUACCUGCGAACAAUGUCUCCAGUCCAACCUAACAUCAGGCUGUGGGUGGUGCAAUAUUCUAAAAAGAUGUUCAGAUGGAAUAGACCGUUACAGGCAAGAAUGGCUGGACUACAGUUGCUCGGAGGAGGCAAAAGGCACAUGUGACGAUUAUUCUCAGGGAGGCCCAGAGAGUUCAAUCAGCCCUUUUAGUUCUUCACUGCCAUCGACGACUCCUUCCCCUGCAGCUCAACCCGCCAGUCCUGUGACUGAAGAUGACACCAAACUUCUCUUUCACCAUCAUGGCAAUGGUGAGGAAGAGGCACCAGAACACACAGCCAUCAUUGCAGGUGUAGUCACAGCUCUGGUUCUACUGGUGUUCUUGACCCUCUUGGCUGUCUACUACAUUAACACACAUCCAACUGUUGCUCCUCCUUUUUACCUCAUGCAGCGUCGCACCAAUAACUACUGGCCCUCCAUGAAGUUUCGGAAUCAAGGAUGCCAUUCCAGCUAUGCUGAGGUUGAUCUUGGGGGUUAUGAGAAAGAGGGCUUCAUUGAGGCAGAACAGUGCUGAGGAGGCAUGGGCUAAAGAAAGAGUUUUGUUUUUCUUUUUUUUUUUUUCUUCAGUGAUUUUAGGAACAAGACAAAGGUGCAAUGAAAGGCUGUCAUUGUAAAUGGAUCACUUGAGACUGUAAUUAAAGUUUUGUGAGCUUUUCUCUAUCUCCCUACAGUUGGCAGCCACCCUGCAGCAUCUUUUAUGCUGUUUGUUUAUGGUAAAAGAAGUUUUAUUUAUUCUAAGAAGUAGUAAUUGUAAAGAAAAUGUGAUUGUGACCAGCAAAUCUGCUAACUUUACUCUGUGAGAAUGGGAGGUGUGUUAGCUAAAAUUAUUGAAAGUUAAUGUGCAGCAUAUCUUUAUAGAUUUAUUAUUAUUAUUAAAAAAAAAAUAAAAAAUAUUUUGUGAUUUACAAUUCUUCAGUGAAUAAAAUAUGCAUAAUACUCAGUUAGCCACAUGGACUUGACAUCACUUUAAUUGAAAUAACUUAUUCUAUUAUUAGUGAUAUGUCAUAUUACACACUUUUUUGGGGUUUUGCCCUGUCAUUCAAUCAUAAAACUGGAAAUCAAUUUCCACAUAAAAUAUUGAUGGAACACGCAAAUUAACAGAAAAUGCAAUGACUACAUUUUAAAAGCAAAUUUUAAAAAGUUUAAAUGUUUCAUUUUGCUGUUUGCCAAAGCUGUUGGUGAAGAUGUAAAGUAAAACAUGUUUCCUGCUGAACAAAUCAGACAUUAGAAAACCUUGUGACCAAACACAAAGCAAAGGUUAGUUUAUUUCCAGUGUGUUAAAUACCAUUGCAAUGUUGCAUUUUAAACAUACACUAUGCUUAUUAUAAAACAAUAAAAAAGGAUGUUUUGAAAAAAUAAA